AUGGCGCUGCCCGGUGGACUAAUCGUGCGGUUCAGAGCGCUGUGUAAUGUUGCCAAAUGUGUUCAUACAGGAAUCAAAACACCGUCUAACUGGAGCAGAGAACAGCGGUGGUACAGUACAACAGCACGAAGCUUUCAGGAUGACGGGACAUCAGAUUUACAGACUAAACAAGAUAACGUGAGCCCGAACCUCUUGAAGGAGUUUCCAGAUCCUAAAAGUCUCUUGAAUAACCUCAUCUCCCGUUCACUGGGAGUCAGCGACACGUCCCAGCUCAUCCAGUACAACUGCACGCAAAAUGCAGGAGUCAAGAAAGCCACUGUCACACUGCUGUGGCCCUGUAAAAUUGAAGAGGAGGGUUCUGCAUCUAAGAAGAUCGAUGCAGAACGAAUUGCUGCAGCUGCUGCUUGUUUGAAGCUCAGAGAAAUGGGUGUAAUUGGUCCAAAUAAUCAGCUCCCUGGGAGGAGAGCUGGCAGGAAAGGAGGGUUACUAUCGCAACUUCAUGAUGGCAAGAAAGACUCUUCUUUGUCUAGAGCGAUAGCGGACUCAGAAAAACAGUGGCUCCCUGAAGAAAACACCUCAAACACCUCUGAGGCUCUUUCCCUCUUUCCAAAACCUAAAGCUCUCCUCAACAACAUCAUGCAGAUGGCCACGUCAUUCAAAAGAAUGGAGGAGAUGGUGAUGUUCAGAACAACAACCGGAGGAAGGCUUAAGAAGUGUGACCUGACGCUGCACUGGCCAGAGAAGAUGACGUUCUCCGCAUCAGCAAACACCCGAGUGAGAGCGGAGAGGAUAGCUGCAGCUCUUGCCUGCGUCAAACUGAAGGAGCUGAAGCUGCUGGAUGAAAACAACAGCCCGCUGUCUUACAUCAAGAAAGAGAGGCUGAAGGAGACUCGAGCGAAGCUGAAAGAGGCUGGAGAGAAACAGAGACGCCCCCUCCCCCUGGAAGUCCCGGAAUACCUGGAGGACCACAUGAGAACUUACUUUGCACAGUACCCUGUGGACACAGAAGUACAAAGGCUUUAUGAGGAGGAAGAGGCUAGAGGACAGCAGACGGUAAACAAGUACGAUGAGGAGGAGGAAGAGGAGGCCUUCACAGACGCCAUCACAGGCAGGCGGUACGCACAGAUGUCUGAGCAUAAUGUCAGGCAGCUCAGCACCCACCUGCAGAAGAUGUGGGAGAGAGCGAACCCUGCACUGAGCGUGGAGCUCCCAGUGGAUGCCCACCGUCAGCAAGUGAUCUCUGCGGUGCAGUCGUCCAGGGUGGUUGUGAUUGAUGGUGAAACAGGAUGUGGGAAAACUACACGGAUCCCCCGCUUCCUGCUGGAGGAGUGUGUGAGAGCUGGUCAGGGGGCCAUGUGCAAUAUCCUUGUGACGCAGCCUCGUCGGAUCAGCGCCGUGUCCGUGGCUCACCGCGUUGCAGAUGAGAUGGGUCCAGGUCUAAAACACUUUGUGGGAUAUCAGGUGAGACUUGAGAGCCAACCACCAGAGAGCAGCGGAGGAGCCUUACUCUUCCUCACAGUGGGCGUCCUGCUGAAGAAGCUGCAGUCGAACUGUUCUCUGAAGGGGAUCAGCCAUGUGGUGGUGGAUGAGGUUCACGAGAGGGACAUCAACACGGACCUGCUUCUGUCUCUGCUGCGCUCCUGCUUAAAGGAGAACCCUGACCUACGAGUGGUGCUUAUGAGCGCUACUGGUGACAAGCAGAGGCUGUCCGAGUACUUUGGGGGCUGCCCGAUUGUUAAAGUGCCCGGAUUCAUGCACCCAGUGAAGGACAGAUACCUGGAGGAUGUGAUGAGAGACAUGGGACGCCCAAUGCCGGUCCAAAAGACGAUGAAGGGAGGAACAGACGAUAUUACACCGGAUGCAGGUUUAGUAGCUGAUGUAAUCGAUCACAUUGACAGACGUGGAGAGCCAGGUGCGGUGUUGUGUUUCCUCCCUGGAUGGCAGGAAAUCAAGGCUGUUCAAGAGAAGCUGGAGGAGAAGCGCCACUUUUCCUCAGCCUCACACUUGAUCUUGCCAUUGCACUCAAGUUUAUCAGUAGCAGACCAGCAGGUAGUGUUCCGGCGCCCCCAAGUGGGCCAGAGGAAGAUUGUCCUCACCACUAACAUUGCUGAGACCUCAGUCACCAUAGAUGACAUCGUCCAUGUGGUGGAUACAGGAACUCACAAAGAACAGCAAUAUGACCCACGGAGUAAGGUCUCCUGUCUGGAAACGGUUUGGAUAUCUCGUUCUAACGUCACUCAAAGAAAAGGGAGAGCAGGGCGCUGUCAGCCAGGACAGUCUUACCACCUGUUUCCACGACAGCAGCUGGAAACCAUGGCUCCCUUCCCCACCCCGGAGAUCCUGCGCACCCCGCUGGAGAAUCUGGCAAUGCAAGCCAAAAUCCACAGUCCUAACUGCAAGGCCGUAGAUUCCUUAUCCCAACUGUUGGACAGUCCCGAGCAAGAGGCUGUGAAAGACGCUGUCCAAAAUCUACAAGACAUUGGAGUUCUGGCCAAGACUGAAACCCUGACGCCUUUAGGAGAACGUGUCUCCCGCAUGUCAUGUGACCCUCGUCUGGGCAAAGUGCUGGUCCUGAGUUCUAUGUUCAGAUGUGUUCUGCCCAUGCUGUCUGUAGCUGGCUGCCUGACCAGAGACCCUUUUUACAACAGCAUGCAGAACAGAGCUCUUGUUAACGAGGUGAAAGAGUCUCUGAGCGGCUCCAGCUACAGCGACUUUUUGGUAUUAAUUAGAGCCGUGUUGGGCUGGAGGAGAGUUCAGUAUGAGGGGGGCCGAGAGGACCGGGAUGAAUAUCUGGACAACCACAUUCUGUCCAGGUUAAGUCUUCGAUUCAUCAACGGUCUCAUCAGUCAGUUCAGCGCGAACCUGCAGGAAGCCGGGCUGGUGGCUCGUGCCAACGAGUGCCAGAAUCACUCUUCGAUCUACAACCAGUACAGCAACCAGGAUGAGCUGCUUAAAGCUGUCCUGCUGGCUGGACUCUAUCCCAACCUCAUUCAGGUGAAGAAAGGUGCCAUGACCAAAGGAGGGCGCUUUCGCCCCAAGGGUAUAUCUUUGCGCACCCUCCGUGGGCCAGUCAUGCUUCACCGCUCCUCAGUGAACAGGGGAAAGGAUGAUCUCCCUAGUCGCUGGUUGACCUUCUUCAGCGCUGUCCAGUCAAACGGCUGCGUUUUCAUCAGAGACUCUUCUCCGGUCCAUCCACUCGCCUUGCUUUUGCUCACAGACUGUGAUAUCACAGAGAGAGUGAGCAGAGGCCGAGUGGAGGUCUCAUUUCCUGGCAGUUCUCUGGUGUGCUGCGAGUUGUCUGUUGAGACCUGGGAGCUGCUGUGGCAGCUACGCACUUCCAUUCAGACCAUGCUGUACCGCAACCUCAACAACCCCAGGAGCGCCGGGAACUACGCUUCUCAAGACGGAAAGCUCAUCUCCUUACUUGUAGAUCUGCUCAACAAUACAGAAUCAAACCCUUCUGUUCAGAACCAGGACAGUGACAGUGAGGUGGAUUGAUGACAUCAAGCACUUUGAACGCGCGCAUGUUGAAUCUGCUGGCUGGUACAGAGGAAGCAAAGAGGACGACGGUCUCUCAAUUGUAUGUCGUUGUCGUCUUUUCUUUUUUUAAGUUGUGAGUAGCUGUGUCAAUACCUAAUGUGCUGAACUCGGGACUCUUGGAGAGCAGAAAUCCACAGUGGACUGUUGUCUGCUGCUGUUAUUGUUGAAGUUAAUGAUGAACUUCCACGUGGUGUGAUGAAAUCCAUUGGUUAGGAUUUUGGACUGCGGUUAAUUAUUCAUGGUUAUUUGCUUUCUGAAAAGCAGAAGUUACAUGUUGCCUCGAAGGAUCAUUGGCUAAAACGUCAUUAUAACCGUCUGCAUAGUAUAAAUUCCGUCAUAUUUAUUGCAAUAAACAUUCACACGCUAACAUGAGGAAAGUGGUCCGAUCCUUUUUAUUGUUUUAAAUGAAUUAUUGAACUGCACAUAGAUGAGAAGAUAAACUGAACAUAAGAGAGGACUUGAUUUAAGAAAAGACUUUCAUGAACUGUGUUUGAAAGCUGGAUAGUCGCCUCAGCGCUUCUUCCAUGGUGUCCUCAGAGGUCAUAAUGCAAAAUCUGCAGAAAGAAAGCAGAAUUAAAGGUAAAGAUUUCACUUAUUAUACAUGUUUCAUAACACUUUAUAUGAAGGUCAGCCUCUAUAAUGCAUGAUAAACAUGUUCCUGAAACAUUAUAGUGCAUGUAUAACUUUAUAAAAACUCUUUAUUAAUGUU